GCCACUAGUGGCGCUUCUUCACGAACGCUACGUCGACUUGCGGAGCACACUAGCUAAAAGUCGGCGAGCGAAAUCUUUCGAAAUGAUCUCAUGCCAGAUUUAGUCAGGUAGAGGAAUCGCGCUAUUCCUUAUCAUUGAUGCAAUUACUAUCUGUCACGAGAAUGCACGAAGUUAAGUUUGUAAAACGAUAGAAUAAAGAGAUAGAAUAAAGAAAAAAAUGCAGAGCGACAGAAUAAAGAGAACUCGAUAAGUAUGGAUCCUCUCAAUGAUAUCCUCCUUUUUCUGUGUUUACGUUCAAGCGUUUCCAUCUUGUCUGUCUUAAAAUUUCACCCCCACGCGACGUGCAUCCCGACAGCACCGGGGCGCAGAGAUACGGGCCUGAGGAAUCACGGUCGAGACGCGCGUAAUGAGCAUAGACGGGUGUUCGCAGUGUGGUUGCGCACCCACUGUCACGCGCUAGCCGGGGGUAGAAUCAUCUAACGAGCAUUGAGAGAAGAGUAGGUAGGAGCUGAGCGGAGAGAGCGGCUCACUCCACGAAUCGAGAGAGCAAAGGGAGGGAGAAAGAGAAAUAGAAAGAUUCCGCGAAAGGACGAACGAGGGUGGUUGGUGGGAGACGCGACCCCCGCGCGUAAUACAUACACGUACACGCUCGUAUACGUGCACACACACAUACACACGGUUGACACAGCGAAGCGGAGACCUCUCGGGGCGAGGAACCUUGCGCGAGAAGCCACCCCGAGAAGUUGCUCGAACCUUGCGGAGCAGGUGCCAGUCGGCGAGCGAACGAGCGAGCAGGUGACUCUCGCAGAACGACGGUAACACAUCGUCGGGCACGCGUUCGUGAGGAAAGCGGAAGCAGAGGAGCAGAUCAAGAAACGAGGGAGAAACAGGCUUUCUGAGAAGUCCCGAGUUCGGAGAGGCGGCGAGAAAAAGACGAGAACUUCGGCAGCGAGGGUGAACACAGCUGUAGCAGCCUUAUCCGCCUGCUUGCCUUCCACGAGACCGCGUCCACCGAGAUAAGAGGAUGGUACGGAGGUUCUGCAACGGCGCGGUCGCACUUAGCAUCGCCCUGACGGCUUGCGCCGCCUUUCCGCGCGCCGUCAUGGCGAUCGACCUUAGCCGUUUUUACGGCCACUCCAACUCCAAACGCGCGGGAGAAACUUGCCACCCGUACGAGCCGUUCAAGUGUCCGGGUGAUGGCAUCUGCAUCUCGAUACAGUACCUGUGCGACGGUGCACCGGAUUGCCAGGACGGAUACGACGAAGACUCAAGAUUGUGCACUGCAGCUAAACGACCACCAGUGGAAGAAACCGCGAGUUUCCUGCAAUCUCUGCUAGCCAGCCAUGGUCCCAAUUAUCUGGAGAAGCUAUUCGGAACUAAAGCGCGCGACACGCUAAAGCCUCUCGGUGGCGUGGACAAAGUAGCCAUCGCGUUGUCUGAAUCGCAGACGAUCGAGGACUUUGGCGCGGCGUUGCACCUGUUGCGCGGAGAUCUCGAGCACUUACGCUCGGUCUUCAUGGCUGUGGAGAAUGGCGACUUGGGUAUGCUAAAAUCUAUUGGCAUCAAGGACUCCGAGUUAGGCGACGUCAAGUUCUUCCUCGAGAAGCUCGUGAAAACGGGCUUUCUCGACUGAACGAGGACGUCCGCUGAAUCGUCGCCGUCACCAUCGCCGUCGCCGCCACCGCCACCGCCGCCGACGCCGACGCCGCUGCCGACGACGACGAGCCGUGUCGACGACGCAUUACCGUCGUCGUCGCACCAGCCCCCUCGUUUGAUGCAGCCUAAGUCGUCCUUGUCGCAGGCUCCUGCACCCUCUCUACGCUGCGCGUCUUCGCGUUUCGUCGUGGACUUCUUGCGAGUCGCACGAUAUAGUCUCUUUCCACUGUCCCUUCUGCUACACUUCCCGAGCCUUCUGCUCUUGCUUCGCAAUGAACGCCGCGAGCACUGAGAUACGUCGAGAUCCGCAUAGGAAUGAACGGAAGCGAGUCGAUUCUCUUGCGCGGACGAACGAUCAGUCAAGCCUUUCCGUUUCGCGUUUCAUAGUCGAUCACGUUUAGAUAAUUUUUCGAUAGUUUUUUUCCGGAUGAUGGGUCGAUUCGUUUGGGGGAAGAGCACGACAAUCGGGGAGAAGCUGCGAUCAAUAGCUGGCAAGUCGCAUGUACUUUUCUUCAGGCAAGCUACUUUAUCGUAGCUUAAAUUUGCAUCUAUCGAUAUUUUACACGACUCUGUUUCUGGUGAGAAGAAGGUAUGAGAGCGAUGUAUGAAAGAAAGCUUUAAUUGAGGGGCUGAGAAACGCUUUCUUUAGACAAUUCGCGAUUUAUUAUUUGUUGUUCUUUUAACUUCUUCGACUGAAACGUCUCGAAAUGAGUGAAAACGACGUUUAGACGAGUCUGUCCCUACAUCCCCUCAAUUAUUAAUCCUAAAUAAUGUUAUUUCAUACGGUCGAAUUAUCGUCAACGUGAACUUGGCUCUACUUUGGCAAAACUUAUGUUUCGCUGUUUUUGCUUCCUCAGCUGUGUGUCAAAGCGUAAUCUCUCUUUUCGUGUGAACAAGUAAUGAGCUUUCAUCCGACCUAUUUCUAAAAUAUUGAGCUUCCUGGUAUCUUGUAAUUACACAGGGUUUUCCCGCCUUUAUGCUUAUGUGCACUGUCGCGUGUCCCGGUUUUACUUGAACCUUGUCUUCAAUAUGCAAGCACGUAUAUUACAGUGUAUCACCUUGCAUAAGUGAUGAGUUGUCGACGACAAUCGUUUGUGAUCGACUGCGACGUAACCGUCCGACAGUUGUACACUAAACGUAUACGAAGCAGAAAAUCUGCAAAAGAUGAUUCUUAUCGCGGGAACCUAAAAUAUACAGAUUUCUUGUAACUAUCGAAGAUUAAACGAUCGGUCACGUAAUCUAACAAUUGGAAGAUUUGAGAAAUUUAUAAUUAUUUCGAAUAUUUCUUACAGAAAAAAUUAUUGUCGACUAAUAUAUACCCACGUUUAAUACCUGCGAUUAAACAUUCUCAAAGCCGGUAAGGUCACUUUUAAAUGAUUCUUGACGAGAUUGCCACUUUUAUGUUUCAAGAAGAAACUUUGUAAUAAGAAAUUCUUUAAAUGUAAUUACGUUCGAGCACGGAAUAUUAGUUUUGUAGUAAAAAACACAUUACUUUUUGAAAAGGUCGUGGUGGAACGUGAACUGAUCUUAACAUAAUAUCUUUGUUUCUUUAAUCAUCUCUGUUGUUUCCUCUUUUUUUCAUAAUACGAAUUAAUGCAUGCAGUUUUUCGACCAUUAUAGAAAUCUUCUUAAUUCUCGAGAGAGAGAGUACGAUUUCUUACCAUCUUCUUUAUAAAUUUAUUCAUCUUCUUGAAGGUGUGCAACCGUUGGACUGGAUGUUAUCGAAGCUGUGCUUCGGUAAAAAUAGGGGUUGGGGAGUUUUUGUGCAGAUAUAUCUAUAUACUCUUAGCUACUUUUGCAUUAUUACAGAAGAACGCGAUCGCACGUAACGAUUGUUCUCGUUACUCUUGCUUAUAGAGUCGAGUUAUACCUCACUACUCGCUUCGCGCAAGCUAAACGACGAUGCUGUGAAAUUUGUGUUGUUUGUAUGAUUACAGAAUAAUGUAUUUUAUAUAUUGCCGCGAGACAUAGAGACAAUGGCUUUUUAUUCGACUACUGCUGGAACAGUACCGCGUUAGUAAAUUGAUUUCGACCGUUGUUCUCUCAAUGUAUUUUUUAAUUUAGCUUUAACGCAAUCGCCAUUGUCUGCUCGAGUGCCGCGAGGCAAUACCGUAACAUAUUGAUUAUAUAUAUAUAUAUAUAUAUAUAUAUAUAUAUAUAUAUAUAUAUAUAUAUAUAUAACAAAGAAAAAAACAGCGAAUAUCGUUUGCACGUAAAUCGCAAGCUUCUGGUAUUUAAAGUGGCAUUCAACGCGUUAAUUGCAAGAUUGAAUGCAGUUAUGAUGCGACCGCCUUGUUGGCGCUAAAUAUGCGGUGAGAAUAGAGUUUUACCAGUCUUCGGGCCCGAGAAAAUAGAUUGCAUUUAAUUUCUCUCGGUGCAUUUUUCUCUUAGUGCGUCACGCGAUCAACAAUACAGGCAACACGAUGUCGGCAACGUUUUACAGCGCGCGUUUUGAGAUCGACGACGACGACAACGACGAGAAAAGAUGCGGGUACAAAAAGCGGAGCAUCGCGUUGCGUUCCUUCAGGGUAUGAUGCGCGAGUUUUACUUAAGUGAAAAAGAGAAAGAAAGAAAGCAAGAUAUAACGCUAGCGUAUUGAUAUUUUCAUUACGGCAACACGAUACAUAUCAGUACACAUACAUAUCAGUAAAUUAUAUGAAGAAAUAUAUAGUGAAGUAAACGCGCGCGGGUUCUCUCGAGGUGGCGUUCCCCGUCGCGCUUUCGUUUUACUUCGAGGAGAAUUGACAACGUAUAUUAUAAAUUCUUAAUAUAUAUAUAUAUAUAUAUACACACGCGCUAAAAUAAUUGUUAUUUGCGACAAUCGACGAUGUUGGGCGGACGGGCGAGUCCGGCAUGUUUACCUCGAAAGAAUUCCCCCGUCUCUACCUGCUAAAGGUAUCUUCUAGUCGAACGAUUGAGACAUAUCAUCUUCUAAUUGUAAGCGAACUUAGGUAUAUAUACGUACAUACAUAUAGACGUAUUCUAUAUGCAUAGCGAUUAACAGAGAUAUCACUUUUAUCAGAUGGUAGAUAAUAUUUUGGUAUAUAAAAAAAAUUAAAAAAAGGUGUAAUAUUCCCUCCAGAUGUCAAUUACGGUCCAAAGUAGGGCCUGGACCGAGGGCAAAAUCCGAGGGAACUUGUGUAUGUUAGUGAGCGAACACGGGCGCGCGGAGGGUCAAGGCGCCGCGACAACUCCGCCCCGCACGCGCCUUGACCUUCUAGCCCAAUUUCAGCGUAAGUUAUAAGGUCACAAAUCUUAUUCUCCCCCGAGAGAGCGGCAGACGGAGUUCUAAUACCUGAUAUAUACAUAUAUAUGUCACGUUUCCGACGCGCGUUACCAAUAGUCUUGGAGUGACAAGAGAUUACUUUUGACCUCUUUCUGCUGCUGCACUGUAUUUGUCUCACGUGUAUUAUUUAUUUAUUUUCAUGUUAUUAUAUUAUUCCGCGUGUAUCACGCAUUUUUAACAUUUAUUUGCGCCUCUAGAGACAGAGAGAGAGAGAGAGAGAGAGAGAACUGGUUUAUAAGAGAUUAGCUCAUCAAAAAUCUUCUAACAAAAUUUUUAAAUUAAUAUUCUUUCAAAGGAAAGAUGAUUUCAAAACAUUUACUCGAAGGAUCAUUCUAAAUUACCGCACCUCUUCUUUUUUUUCACAAGUCAUCGGAAUUGAUAUAAUUUUAAAACACUAUGGCAGAGCGCGACAUGCAACUGACAUAAAACCGAGUAAAACCGUUGGUUUAAGAAAAAUUGUUGACCGUCCAUAUUCUGUUUCGGUGACAAAUGGCCUAGUUUUUCGCUAUGCCCUUUGGUAUUAUCGUUCCGAUGAUAACAUAAAGAGCUUGGCGGUAAAACUAAAUGGCUAGAAUGAUAAUGCAUAACAAAAGGCUUGUCAGAUGUCAUUUGUUAUCUUUAAAAGAAAUUAAUCUCGAACGAUUAUUUUUUUUUGUGUUGGCAAUAGUGCGAAACGGUGCACGAUUGUAAAUAAUUUAUAUUAAACAACAUAUAUUUUCCGCGCAUACACAUCUUUUUCUUAUUCAAAUUCUGUGACUAUAAAUAAAUAUUUGAUUUGGCUUCCGA